ACGUGAUAAUUCAUGACCACGAAGGCAAUGUUUGUCAUAAUAACUCUCAUUUUACUGGGUCUCCAACUGUUUUUCUCGACAAAAUGACAAUGACUGAUAAAUUAUUAAUCAAAUUUACCUCUUACACUAAAAUCAGUGAAAUUGAAGUUUUUGGAGGAAAAAAUGUAGCGUUUUCAAAAGAAACAGAACAGUCAAGUACUUACAGAGAAAAAGGAGUAUUUCUUACCUCAGAUAAAGCUGUGGAUGGUUGGAAUAGCAAUUAUGAAUUCUCCAAGAUUUCUUGUACCCAUACAGUGCCUUACAAAUCAAAUCCAUAUUGGAAAGUGAAUCUAGGAGAUUUUUAUGCUGUGAUGUCUAUAUUGAUAAGUAACAGGGACGAUUCUAACAGAAGACGCAUUGAUGGAUUCACCCUGUAUGGCAAAACAAGAGAUGGAACCGAAAAUCUUAUCUACAACGACACAAAUAAAUCCUCUUCUGGAAGGAAAGAAAUUUUAAUUGACUCUUCUUACAUGCUAUGGGAACAAGUAUCUCAAAUCAUAAUUAAAGGGGAACACAUAAGCUCAGAGAAAAUACUGACUUUAUGCGAAGUCUUUGUCUUUGCAUGCAUUCCAGUCAAAACAACCUCAGCCUAUUGCUUGGGUUUCUGUCCGAAGAACUGCCAUCCAGAGGAGACUUGUCUGAAUGAGAAUUUCACGUGCUCGCAGUGUAUUCCUGGAUGGACUGGUCCUUACUGUGAUCAACCCAUAAAAUGUGCAAAACCAGUUUUAAGUGACAGAUUACAUGUAACAGACGACAAACAAUCAUACGUUUAUGGAGAGGAGAUACAAUUCCUGUGUGAGAUUGGCUUCCGCCUCCUUGGGACCACUCGUGCUACGUGUGGGAAUGGGAAACAGCUUUAA